AUGGCAUCGCUGGCAGCACGUAGCCUUGCCGCUGCCGCUGCAGGCCCCGGCGGGAGCCAUAGUGUCGUUACCAGUGGUACCCCGCCCCCUCCAUCCUCUUCUUAUUCUCACUCUGCUGCUACGUCAACCUCCAAAAUUUCUUCCCGUCGAACAGCUCAGAUUGCUCGACACUUUUCCUCCUCAUCCUCACCAACAGGUCCCGUUUCAAAGCAGAAGCCCGACAUGGCCUCCAACUACACCGUCCGCAAGGUUGCGGCUCCCAACACCCUCGAGCACCGAGUCUACAUCGAGAAGGAUGGCCAGCCCGUUUCUCCUUUCCAUGAUAUUCCUCUCUAUGCCAAUCAGGAGCAGACCAUCCUGAACAUGGUUGUCGAGAUUCCUCGAUGGACCAAUGCCAAGCUUGAGAUCUCCAAGGAGGAGCUCCUCAACCCCAUCAAGCAGGAUAUCAAGAAGGGCAAGCUUCGAUACGUCCGAAACUGCUUCCCCCACAAGGGUUACCUCUGGAACUACGGUGCCUUUCCCCAGACUUGGGAGGAUCCCAACUCCGUUCACCCUGAGACCAAGGCCAAGGGUGACAACGACCCUCUCGAUGUCUGCGAGAUCGGUGAGCUUGUUGGUUACUCUGGCCAGGUUAAGCAGGUCAAGGUCCUCGGUGUCAUGGCUCUCCUCGACGAGGAGGAGACUGACUGGAAGGUCAUCGUCAUUGAUAUCAACGACCCUCUCGCCUCCAAGCUGAACGACGUCGAGGAUGUCGAGCGACACCUUCCCGGUCUCCUCCGUGCCACCAACGAGUGGUUCCGUAUCUACAAGAUUCCCGAUGGCAAGCCCGAGAACCAGUUUGCUUUCACUGGCGAGUGCAAGAACAAGAGCUACGCCCUCGACGUCGUCCGUGAGUGUGCUGAGGCCUGGGAGCGUCUCAUCACUGGCAAGACCCCUGCCGGCGGUGUCUCCACCACCAACGUCACUGUCCAGAACUCUCCUUCUCGCGUCUCUCCUGACCAGCUCCCCCCUCUGCCUCCCAACGAGGACGUCCCCGCCGAGAAGAUCGAUGCUUCCAUCGACAAGUGGUUCUUCAUCAGCGGUGCCUCUGCUUAA